AUGGUCGGGCCACUCAAGAAGGCGCCAGGGGGGUUCACCCACCUACUUGUCGCAAUUGACAAGUUCACUAAAUGGAUAGAGGCAAAACCGAUCACCACAAUCGACUCCAAGGAGGCCGUCAAGCUCUUCUUGGACAUCAUUUACAGAUUCGGCGUGCCCAAUUCCAUCAUUACAGACAACGGAACCAACUUCACAGGCCACUACUUCCAAGAAUUCGCGGAAGGAUAUAGGAUCCGGAUCGACUGGGUAUCGGUCGGACACCCGCGCACAAACAGGCAAGUCGAAAGAGCUAACGGCCUAAUCCUCCAAGGGCUCAAACCGCGCAUUUUUGACAUGCUCAAAAAGUUCGCGGGUCGUUGGGUGGAAGAAUUGCCGGCAGUGCUCUGGAGCUUGCGAACCACACCUAACCGGUCAACAGGCCUAACGCCUUUCUUCCUAACAUACGGUUCCGAGGCCGUGCUCCCUUCCGAUCUGGACUACGGUGCACCAAGAAUCAAAGCAGUUGACCCGGAGACGGCGGCCGAAGCCCAGAGGGAUGCCAUGGAAGUUUUAGAGGAAGCAAGGCUGGCAACGUUGCACCGAUCAGCCCGUUACCAACAAACUUUACGCAGGUACCAUGAGAGGCGCAUACGAAAGAGGACACUGCAGGUUGGAGAUCUGGUUUUGCGACGAGUCAUGUCGACGAAGGACAAGAACAAGCUCUCACAGCCAUGGGAAGGACCCUACAGCAUCGCAGAGGUCAUACGCCCAGGCACCUACAAGCUAAAAGACUUCGACGGUAACAUUCUGACCAACUCUUGGAACAUAGAACAGUAA